AUGCAACAGGGACCACUACCGGAAAUCGAUGCAGCAGCCAUCAAGCGCGCAGAAGAAGCCCAGCCCGCGCCGGGGUUUUCAUACCUCUCGGCGUGGCUGAACAGGACAACACAAUCAUCCAAGGAAGGAGUUACAGCCGACAGUCGCCCCCUCCCGCACCCACCCCGACCGCCCGCGCAAGCUAAGCAGGAAACUGCCAAGCGAACGUGUAAAGUUGGGUCCAUGCCGCCAGGCUGUGCGGCAUGGAUGAAAGCCAGAACGUGGCUUAUAGGUGUUUAUCGGAGGGGAGAAAGUCGACCAAUGCAUGAGGAGUUACGCCGACUACUCCUCAGCUACGACCCGUUGAAGACCAUCUACAAGAAGAAGCCCCAGCCUCCGAGGGCGCCCGCCCCCGCGCGCGCGCGCCUCCGGGCAUCGAGAAGCCUCCCGCGGCCCCCUCACCCGGGGACCGCGACACCGGACCAGACAACAUCCGCUCGCGAGAGGGACGCGAGCGUGACACCACCGGACAUACAACACCAAGCGCCGCAGCAGAACGCGGGGACCCCGUGUCCUUCCGGGGACCCCGUCGACACUCCGGCGCCGCCAGCGGCCCCCGCCCAGGGGCCACCGGCCGCAGAUGCACCCGGCCCCGGUCGCGCCUCUUCCGCGAUCGAGCCAGGAACAACCCCGGACAUCCAGCCGCAGCCGACCGCAGGCCCCAAAAAGGGCCCCCGCAACGCAGCAGCCAACCCGAGAGCGCCCAGCCUGGGGUCAACAACCCCAGCCGCACCUGUCGCCGCAUUCCAGCAGCGUCAGCACCGCCUCAGCGGGCGGGAGGGUAGAGGAGAAAACUAUUUUCUCAACUACCCACCCCCCGCCCCCGCGCGACAGAUGUCAUUGCGACUCACCCAUCACCGGCAGAGCAUCGCGCCGCUCCACGCGCGCCCGCCGGACACACGGACUCACCCCCGUCGGCCCCAUCGGAGCCGACACGUAGGGAAAGUGGCGAGACUGGAAAACCGCCACCAACCAACGACAAACGCAGCCCCUAAAGGACAACCGGAGCUUCAGCCUGCCCCCGACGGUGCAGGCAACCCCGGACGACGGACACGGAGUCCCGUCGUCCCACAGCGACCCCAGCGAGCCCACUGGAAACCAGGGAGGAGAUGGAGCAGGAGCGGAGGAGUGCUAGAUGACCCCGCAUGCCCUGCCGAUGCAUCCGCCCCGACCAAGGACGACGACGCCAACAGCUCUACUGGCGCCGCCGUUGAAGACGAGAUCGCCGCCCUCAUCAGCAACCUGGCCAACGCCACCGACACCACCACAGCUGCGGCCCUCUCCAGCCGCCCGCUCUCUCCGAUCCCCGGAGAGGCCUCGCCCAGCGAGUUGUUAGCGCACACCCGUGAGCUAAUAACGAAACUGGCGGAGGCGGGUUACAUGCCGUACCCAUUUUUUAAAUGGAUGGGCGCGUACCUGAGACUCCAGGCCUACUCUCUCGGGGAAACCACAGAGCUGAAGCCCGAUGACGAACCGCUGCGCCGCAUCCUCGACGAGCUCCAGGCGCAGGACUUCUUCUCGUCCCCAUCAGGGAAAAGGAAGCUGCACGGCAGCCCCACAGCCAAGCAGGAUCUAAAAAGGUCCUGCAAGAACAUAUCGCCGCCGACCGACCCACGACUCCGUGCCCGCCAGCAGGCCCGCCCCGAGACAGCGGACGCCAGCACUUCAGCCCGCAGCUUCGCGACCGCCGCGGCCUCCCCUUUAGGCCCCGGUCCCGCAAGCGAUGGACUCGAGACCCUCGGCAGCAAGGCUGCCCCUAACAAAGAAAAAAUACAGCAACCAAAAAAAAACAUAAACAACACUAAAAAGAGCAAUAGUGUAGCGCAGCCUUGCGGCGACGAUGAGAGGGUAGAAAAAAAUAUAAACAAACCAAAGUACCCACCCAUCGUCGCCGAAAUCUUACCUGACUGGCCGAGGGUCCUGGAGGACAUCGCGGCGAAGCUCGGGGAAUCCCCCAUCUCCAAACCCAUGGGAGAAGGUGUGCGGUUCGAACCAGCGUCGGAGAAGGAGUACCGCCUGGUUGACAGCCACCUGAAAACCAUACAGGAAGAAGCCAUCAAUAAAAAUAAAGAAGCCAAGGAAAAAGGAGAGCCCCCCGCCGUCACCGUGCCCCUCUUCCACGUCUACGGGCUGGAGGACGAGAAGAGACUCAAGGUGGCGAUCAGGGGUCUCCCCGUCAAGACCCCGAUACAAGACAUCACGCAAGCCCUGGAGAAGAAGGGCCACCCCGUGGAAUACGCCAAACAAAUCAACGCGAGAGCGGGCCGCUCUGGUUGUAUAUACUUCAUACAACUAGCGGGACCCGCCCGGGACCACGCGCCAGCGAUCUACGGGGUGACCGAGCUCCUCCACAUACACGGAGUAAAAGUGGAGGCCUGGAAGGGGAAAAAGGGACCCAAGCAAUGUCACCGCUGCCAAGGCUUCCGCCACUCAUCCCACGGCUGUCACAGGGAGCUCGCCUGUGUCCGAUGCGCCGAGCCACACUAUGCCAAGGACUGCACACGCCCGAGGUCGGAGAAGGGCACUUGCAAAAACUGCAGGGGCCCCCACCCGGCCAACAGCAAAAACUGUCCAGUCUACAAGAGGGAACUCAAGAACCCCAGGGCUGGGAGCGCUGCCAUCUCAGCCCCACCCCCGAGCCGACCUGGGCCCACCACAAAUGCCUCGAUCCCCAAGCCCACGGUGGAAGAGUCAGCGCCAGCUUCACUGAUGGCGCCGGCCAACCCCCCCACCAAAAGGGGGGCCCCCGGACCGAGGACUCAGGAGGAACCAGACCAGCCAAGGGCCAAGAAAAACCCCAAGAAAAAGAAGAAGAAGAAGAAGGGCACCCCAGCCCAGCCCGCAGCAACCGCCGGCUCCCCAGCCACACUUGCACCGCAACACGCACCAACGCCUGUCGCCGCUCCGGACCUGGCAGCCCUAGUGGGGCAGCUCGCCGCAGUCGCCCAGGCACUGACAGCCGCCUUACACCCGCAGCCCAGAGCUUAA